UUUAAAGGAUUGCAUUUCAGUUUAAGUUCCUUUCGAGCCUCCGGAACUUCAAUUACUAAGCAUUCAUGGAGGAGUUUUGUACAUGAUUUACCUCAAGCUUUAGGUUGGACAAAUUCGAUUGUUUCAGUCGCUUCUUCAUCCAUAAAAAAACACACAGGAGAUCUGGAAUCGAGUUGAGCUUUAUCAAUAUGGCGGCUGGUGCGAGCGCAAUUACACGAUCUCAAGAAUACAUAAGCUUUCGCAGUUCUGUCCCUUUGAAACGGAUUGUUGUCGAUAAUGAUGAUGAAAAAGAGUGGUUGAUAUAUGAUGCAGGUCCUCGUAGUGUACAGUGCCCCCUUGUUUGUUUACCCCCUGCAAGUGGUACUGCUGAUGUGUUUUUCAAACAAAUUCUUACCCUCUCAAGUCUUGGUUACAGGGUGAUAUCUGUAGAGUAUCCUGUGUAUUGGACAUAUGGUGAGUGGACUGAAGGCUUCAGACGACUUUUGGAUUACCUGAAACUAGAUGAGGUCCAUAUAUUUGGGGCAUCUCUUGGAGGUUUCCUUGCACAGAAGUUUGCAGAAAUGACACACAAAAGCCCAAGAGUACAUUCACUGAUUCUGUGCAAUGCUUUUGCUGAUACUUCUGUUUUUCAGCAGACUUCAACUGCUUCUAGCUUUUGGGUAAUGCCUGCCUUUGUCUUGAAGAAAAUGAUUAUGAACAAUUUCACAACACAAGAAGUUGAUGAGGACAUAGCUGAUUCAAUAGACUUUAUGGUGGAGAGGCUGGAAAGUUUGGGAAGAAGUGAAUUGGCAUCAAGAUUGACACUUAACUGUUUGGACUCGUAUGUUGAGCCACAGAAACUUGCUGGAAUUCCUACAACUAUUAUUGAUGUUUUUGAUGACUGUGCCCUCUCACAGCCAGUAAAGGAAGAACUUUACAAGUGUUAUCCAGAUGCCAAGAGAGCUCAUUUAAAGAAGGGUGGCAACUUUCCAUAUCUUUGCCGGAGUGCUGAUGUUAAUCUCUACCUACAGAUUCAUCUUCGGCAAUUCAUGGGAAAACGAUUCAGUGCCAUGGAUCCCAAAUGUAUGACGGAAGAGGACAUGGUAUCAUGCGGUCUGUUGCCAUCGGCAGAGCCACCUUCUGUGGUGUCCUCUGAUGAGGAGGACGAGUAGUAAAUAAAUAGUUAUAUUAUAAUAAGUAUGGAGACUAAAUUUUAUGUUUGGCAGAACAAGAGCAGCUCGUAAUUAGAUAGACAUUAUUUUGUGAUGGUGCCGACUCCAGGUUUUGGAGAGGCAGUUAGUCUGUAUGAUGCAAAAUGUCAAUUGGUAGUUUUCUGUUAGGUGAAAAGACAAGCCAUGGUAAAGCAACAGUUUCCAUCUGCCUGAUAGAGUUUGGCAGCAAUCGAAUCAUAUACAAACAACUCUUUAAAAAGGGAAUUUCUCAGCAAGAAACGGGGCAGGAUUUGAUCAAGUUAUGUCAUUCUUAACACGGAAAAACAUUUCUUGAAUACUUCUGCUCAAAUGAUACAAUUAAGACAGAGUUUGUGAAACAGUGUGUAGAAAACUUUUUUAGAGUUAACAUCCCUAUAGAAAAUGUUAAACAACAGUUUUCUUUCUGAAUGAUAAAUGCAAAUCUACACAAACGUGUUGAAAAGUUCGUAGCUAUGACUUGUAUCACAACCAAGUUCCUAAAGGUAAAUUUUAUGCUAAAUUUAGAAUCUUCAACUAAUUUGGAACUAGCAGAAUACCAGUUUCAGCUUCUUUAUUCCCAAGUGAAUUUAGUUUCCCAGUUGCUAUACCCAAAGCUCUACGACUGAGGAAGCACGUUGUGAGAAUUAAGGGAACAGUUGGUAUAUGGAAAUUGUUUAACGAAAUGCAUGAAUCAAGAGGGAUCGCCAUGUUUGCUAAGGACAUUUUAAACUAGUUUCCUCCUGGAAGUGGCCAUACCCUCGCUACCGUACGAAUCUUGGUCCUGUCGAUCAAGAUUUUCUUUGGCCUCGUACUUUCAGUAGAACAAAAUUUAUGUAUUUUUGCAACACUGUUCCCAAGGAGGUCUCUAUCGUCCAUAGAUGAAUAAUACAGGUCUUCUCCCAAAACACGCGUGCAGAAGGCUUGAAUUUUACAAUAUAUUAUUGUGUUUGUUGGAUCUAUUUUAAUAAAAUUAAUUCUGGAACAA